AUGGCGUUUAAUACGUCUACGUACAAAAACGGGACUACGAAUGCCACGCCAAGUCCGUUCCCUUCAGAACCCACCAUCCUAGACACCCUAAUCCCAGGCUUCACCUUCUUCUCACGCUUGCUCCAAUCAUACCUGAACAUCGACCUUUCGAGCUACGUACCCGCCUUCGUUACUGGCGCCUGCGUUGUGGCGGCCAUCAGGUACAGCACAUCCAAUCUUUUCGAACACUUCUUAAGAUACUUUGUAUCAACGGCAGAAAUCCGGCUGAACGAUGAGGUCUACAAUUAUCUUAUGUUCUGGAUGUCGCAGCAGCCUUUUUUAAAUCGCACUAUCAAGUUUGUGGCGGGAACGAAGACAAACAGUGACCAAGUCUACACCUACUAUUCAGAUUAUAACGACGACGAAGACAAGGAGUUUGCUAACGAUGAUGACGAUGAUGAAGACAACUUUGACAGGUAUUGGGCGAAAGCAAUUCGAAGAGACCGGUACAAGAAAUUCCGGUUCACUCCUGCUGAAGGUACCCAUUAUUUCCGAUACCGUGGACGGAUGAUUGCUUUUACGCGCGAACGGGAUGAGAACUCAGGCGCGCGUUACGAAUUGAAUCCCGAACGACUGUAUCUGUCAUGUCUGGGUCGGGAUGCCACUAUCCUCAAGGAACUGCUGAAUGAGGCCCAAAGAUCAUACGUUGAGAAAGAUGGAACCAAAACGAUCAUAUACCGCGGCCGGAGUUCCGGGUCCGAUAUUGACUGGGCAAGGUGCAUGGCGAAAUCUCCUCGGCCCAUAUCUACUGUAGUGUUGGAUCAGCGACAGAAGCAGGACUUCCUAGAUGACAUAAAGGAGUAUCUACAUCCCCGGACGAGAAGAUGGUAUUCCGAUCGAGGUAUCCCGUAUCGAAGGGGGUACCUGUUCUACGGUCCUCCCGGGACUGGGAAGACCAGUCUCUGCGUUGCUGUCUCUGGGCUGCUGGGGUUGAAGAUCUACCUGCUGAAUUUGAGCGGGAAGAAUAUUGACGAGAGCGCUCUGCUAUCCCUAUUUGAUGAAUUGCCCCGACGCUGUAUUGUUCUGCUGGAAGAUAUUGACAGUGCUGGUAUGACCCACAACAGAGACGAAGACACUACGGCCGGUGAUAGAGAAGAGAGCACUUCCAACGGCAAAGAAGAUGGCAACAACAAGCCCCUCCACCGGAUUUCACUCUCCGCCCUCCUCAAUGUUAUCGACGGUGUCGCUGCGAGCGAAGGCAGAAUUCUUGUCAUGACAACGAAUCACGUCGAGAAGCUAGACCCUGCGCUCCUACGUCCUGGGCGUGUGGAUAUGUCCAUAUGCUUCGGAUACUCGGAUAUGGAAACGAUAAAGGACCUGUUCUGCUCAAUCUAUGCACCCAGGUCGUUUUCAGUCCGGGGUAGUCAUUCUAACAUCUAUCCCAUGCAAUCUGGUCGAUCCGCUGAACCUGAACUGGGAACAAGUCUGAUUGUGAAUGUUGCAGAAAUCAAGAAAGGAGCGGGUCUGAGAACGAAUCAACCCGACAAGGAGAAGAUAUCCCAGCUCAGUGAGGAGCAAAGGGAAAAUGACAAGCAGCGGGAAAGGAUCCUCGCUCUUGCAGCCGAGUUUGCUUCGCUCGUACCCAGCGGAGAGCUAACACCUGCAGAGGUCCAGGGCUAUCUGCUCAAAAACAAAGAUCGGCCGGAGGAUGCGAUCAGUGGUGCAGAGGAAUGGGUACAGGGCGUGAGAGAGCAGAGGACACCUCGUCGAGCCUGA